UAAAAUGACUAACUGUCAUUUGGGCAGCUCACGCUUUAAAACACAGCUCACUCGGCUAGAGUCACCUGACCUGAGACAACUUCAUUGAAGCUAAUGGUCAGCAUUUAGUUUUACAUUUAAAUUCUACAAGGGAAGUUCAUUGAGAGCAAACAACUGUGCUCCUUUCAAGGAAGUAACAGCUAAAAUGGAAGUGCUGCUGUUUAAAGACGCUUUCUGGGGGUCGGAUUUCACUUGUCAUGCUGGAUAUGACGCUGUGAUCCAAAGGUUACGAGACGGAAGGCAAAUGUGCAAAGACAUGGAGGAGCUUCUAAAGAUGAGGGCACUAGCAGAGGAAAAGUAUGGGAAGGAGCUGGUGACAAUCGCUCGCAAAGCUGGAGGACAAGCAGAGAUCAACACUUUGAGAACGUCCUUCGACCAUUUGAAAAGACAAAUCGAGACCAUUGGGAACUUUCACAUCCAACUUUCUGAUAUACUGAAAGAGGAGGUGAAAAAGAUUGAGACAUUCAGAGAACGUCAGAGAGAGCAGAGGAGGAAGUUUGAAAGCAUCAUGGAGAAGGUUCAGAAGAAAAAGAUUACGUCAUUCAAGAAGGCCAUGGAGUCAAAGAGGAACUAUGAGCUGAGAUGCAAGGAGGCAGAUGAAGCUGAACAGGUUGCUGAAAAGACCACUAUAGCAAGCAAAAACUCUGAAAAGAUACGUCACAGGGCCAAGCAUUGCAGACAGACAGCCAAAGAAGCAGAAAAGCUGUACUCCAACAACAUCGCUCAGCUCGAAAAUGUUCGCCAGGACUGGGCAGAGACGCAUCAAAGCACAUGUGAGGUGCUCCAGCAAAUGGAGGGAGAUCGCAUUAGCAUGUUAAGAAGUGCUCUCUGGGACCACUGCAAUCAUUUCUCCCAGCAGUGCGUCAAUGAUGACGAGUUUUACGAGGAAGUGAGGAAACAUCUGGAACAAUGUGACAUCACUGCAGACAACAACUAUUUCAUAGAGACAAAAAGCACAGGAUCUAAGCCUCCAGAUCCCAUUGUGUUUGAGAGCUACUACUCAGCUGAAAGGUCCACACAGAGCAAUGGCCAAGCUCUUAUCGCAAGAGGAGUAGAAGACGUAACGAGGAGGCCUGUGGACAUCAGCAUCGAGAGUCCACCAAACUCACGAUUAUCACAGAUGUCUUCUGGUGAAUUUGAGAUUACAGAUGGAGGAUAUGCACCACUAACAGGCCACGAGCGAGACACAUCGCUGGCUACAUUCACAGCUGAUGAAGAAAGUUACGCGGUGAUUUAUGGAUAUACUGCACAGGAUGCGGAUGAACUGACUGUGAGCAGAGGGGAAGUGGUCCAAGUAUUGGAGCAAGGGGAAGAUGGUUGGUGGCUUGUGGACAGGAACGGGCUGACUGGAGUGGUGCCAGGAAACUACCUGGGGAAAAUCUAAAAAAAAGAACACACACACACUCACAUUCACAAAUGACAAUGAACACAUAGCCACACACUUGAAAACACAUGUACAUGCAUGUUCCCAGUUAAUCCACAUACUUAUUUGCCAAGCUUCCUUUUUAAGUGCUUUCUACAAACUGAGCUGAUUUUCUCAACCCGUCCUGAAAACAGUGCGUAAUUUUAACACUGUCUUGUUUGAAUAUUUAGUGCGCUAUUCUGUAUUUAUAGAGGAGUCAUUCAGUUUGGUUGCAGCUAUAUUACAUAUUUAACCCUGCUGCCUCAA